AUGCGACCGGUGGCAUUAACCAGUUUUAAAAAGCGUUGCAUUGUACCAGCGACGGUUCAAAUGUUUCUUCAAAAUUCAGUUCUCGAAGUUGAGGGGCCGCUAGGAAAAGCAGAACUCCAUUUAAAAACAUACGACAAAAAAGGGGGCUUUUCCGUGAAACUCGUACAACACCCACAAGCGCAUCAAGAGCUCCAUUUUAGAACGCGGGGGCAAGAGGGUCAAAAAACGUUACACACAGUAACGUCUACCCUUAUGCAGUAUAUCGAAGGGCUUACCAAAGGGGUUUUUCUUUCUGUAGAACUGGUUGGUGUUGGUUUUAAGGCAAACGUUUCUCACACUGCUGUGGAACUUCGAGUUGGUUACAGCCACCCUGUGACACUUGCUAUUCCAAACGAUGUAAAAAUUUUUGUUCCGAAGGCAACAAUAAUUUGUUUAUUUGGUGUAAGCAAAAAAAGGGUCUCCCAGGUAGCCGCUACACUUUUAGCGUUAAAGCCUGUUGAGCCUUACAAAGGGAAGGGUGUUCAGCUUAAAGAUUCGACCGUUAUUCGAAAACCCGGUAAAAAAAAAUAG